AUGCCUCGGGGUCAGAAGAGUAAGCUUCGUGCCCGUGAGAGACGCCACCAGGCCCAAGUUGAGCCCCAGAAUCCGGGUCUUCAGAGAGCCACAAAUACUGAGUCCAUCCAAAGAGGCCAUAUAGAUGAGAAGGUGGUUAUAAUGGUGUAUUACCUGCUGUAUAAGUAUAACUUGAAAGAGCCUAUUAGAAAGGCGGAAAUGCUGAGAGAAGUAAUCCAGAUGUAUAGGAGUCACUACCUUGAGAUACUCCGGAGAGCUGCUGAGCACAUGGAGAUGAUCUUUGGCCUUGACCUAAAGGAAGUGGAUCCCUACCGGCACAUCUACAUCCUUGUCAACAAAAUGGAAGUAAGCUGCGAUGCAAGGCUGAUAAAUCGGAUCGAGAUUCCCAAGACAGGCCUGCUGAUGGCUAUUCUGGGUGUAAUCUUCAUGCAGGGCAAUUGUGCUAGUGAGGAGCGAGUCUGGCAAACCCUGAAUGUGAUGGGGUUAUUUAACGGGAGGAAGCACUUCAUUUUUGGGGAGCCUAAGAAGCUCAUUACCAAAGAUUUAGUGCAGCAGAAGUACCUAGAGUACCGCCAGGUGGCCAAUAGUGAUCCUCCGUGCUAUGAGUUCCUGUGGGGCUUAAGAGCCCACGCCGAAACCACCAAGAUGAAAGUGCUAGAGUUUAUGGCUAAGAUCCAUAAUAUGGUCCCCACUGCCUUCCCAUCCUUGUAUGAGGAGGCUUUGAGAGAUGAGGAAGAGAGAGCCCAAGCUAGAGCUUCAGCCAGGGCUCGUACUGCAGCCCUGGCCAAGGCCCGCUCCAGUGCCAUAGCCAGCAGUUCCUCCCACUCCAAAAGAACACCUGUACAAGCGUUCAGGCAUGUUCAUCAAGUGAUGGGCAGCAGAGGCUCACUAGUUGUGAUUUUUGACCAUGUACCAAAGGAAGAAGAAAAGUCUCGGUGGAUUGAGACUACUCUAAAGACUGGCAUUAUGGGUCCUGAUGAGGAAGGCCUCAGGAAUAAACUGUCAUUUUCAUCAUAUCAAGGGUGCCCUCAUUGUCUGUCUUCCUGCCCACACUCCUGCCUGCUGUCCCUGAUCUGUGUCAUCAUGCCUCGGGGGCAAAAGAGUAAGCUCCGUGCCCGUGAGAAACGCCAACAGGCCCGGAGUGAGGCUCAGCAUCUCCAAGAUGCUCAGGCCUCUGCAGUAGAGGAAGAAGAGUUCCCCUUUUCCCCUACCCCUCUGCUUGGUGGUAAUGUCCAGAGCUCCCCUGCUUCUGAGUCAGAUAGAAAAUCCCAGGGGUCUGGGAGAGCCCCUUCCACUACUUCUGCAGGUGCUUCAUGUACCAGAUCUGAUGAUGGUGCUAAGAGCCAAGAUGAAAAACCAAGCACCUCCCAGGCAUUACCCAGCGCUGAGUUUUCCUGUAGAACGCCUCUAGACGAGAAGGCAAUUCUGUUGGUGCAAUUUCUGCUGCACAAGUAUAAUCUGAGAGAGUCCAUUACCAAAGAAGAUAUGAUUAAGCAUGUCAUCAAAAAGUACAAGAAGCACUUCACUGCGAUCCUCAAGAAAGCUUCUGAGCUGAUGGUGCUGGCCUUUGGCAUUGAGGUGAAGGAAGUUAACCCCACCACUCAUUGCUAUGCCCUUGUCAGCAAAUUUCAGUGCACCAGUGAUGGCAGACUGCGGGGUGAGGAGAUCAUGCCCAAGACCGGCCUCCUUAUGACCAUCCUCUGUGUGAUCUUCAUGAAGGGCAACUGCGCCACCGAGGAGGAUGUCUGGGAGGUGCUCAAUGUGAUGGGGAUAUAUGCUGGAAGGAAGCACUUCAUCCAUGGGGAGCCCAAGAAGCUCAUCACCAAAGAUCUGGUGCAGGAAAGGUAUCUGGAAUACCGCCAGGUGCCCAACAGUGAUCCUCCACGCUAUGAGUUCCUGUGGGGCCCGAGAGCCCAUGCUGAAACCAGCAAAAUGAAAGUUCUUGAGUUCUUGGCCAACAUUCAUGAUACGGUCCCCAGUGCCUUCCCAUCCUGGUAUGAAGAGGCUUUGAGGGAUGAAGAAGAGAGAGCCCGAGCCAGAUUUGCAGCCAUGCUUCGCACCAGUGCCCUGGCCAGUGUGCAUUCUGGGGCCAGUGGCCAAGGCAGCUUCCCUCACCUGUAG